UCUCGACAUGGAGGCACAUUGUUUUGUGGAUAUGUUGCAGUAAUUGUUUGUAAAAGUGUCAGUGCUUCAGUGAAAAUAGUUCGCCAAAAAGCAAUUGGAUGUACAUCGCAGAGAUCCCCCGACGCCUGUAUUAAGGAGCGUGUUGUGUGUGGUGAUACGCAUGCGUUAUCACACCCCGGGAGCCUGCAGAAUGCAGCGCUUCGGAGGCGCGCGUCUUUGCCAGAGUGCGCUCUCAGCAGAGGAAAGCGCAGUGUUACAAUGAGCUUCUCCAUCCCACCGGCUAAUACCCACCCACACUGCCGUCCUCCGAUAAGCAGCAUCAAAAUCGCCCACCACUCUCACAACCACCGCCUGGCCCCAGGAUGCCCGGGGGAAAGAGAGGGCUUGUGGCACCGCAGAAUACUUUUCUGGAAAACAUUGUCCGGCGCUCAAGUGAGACCAGCUUCCUCCUGGGGAACGCCCAGAUCGUGGAGUGGCCUGUAGUCUACAGUAAUGACGGAUUCUGCAAGCUCUCUGGGUUCCACAGGGCUGAGGUUAUGCAAAAAAGCAGCACUUGCAGUUUUAUGUAUGGAGAGCUGACGGACAAGAAGACAAUAGACAAAGUCAGAGAGACAUUUGAUAAUUAUGAGUCCAACUGCUUUGAGGUCUUGCUAUACAGGAAGAACAGGGCGCCAGUGUGGUUCUAUAUGCAGGUGGCCCCCAUCAGGAAUGAGAAUGACAAAGUGGUUCUCUUCCUGUGCACCUUCAAAGACAUCACUGUCUUCAAGCAGCCCAUCGAGGACGAGUCCACUUCGGGUAAGGACGAGUCCACUUCGGGAUGGAGCAAGUUUGCACGGCUGACACGGGCACUGACACAUAAUAACCGCAACACCAGCCACCAUAUCACACCACAGCAGCUCACUCCUAUGAGCAGCCAUGAGGUCAGCCAACCCAAGCAGUCCCGUCUGGCAGAGGUUCUCCAGCUAGGCUCAGACAUCCUCCCCCAGUACAAACAGGAGGCUCCUAAGACUCCCCCUCACAUCAUCCUCCACUACUGCACCUUCAAGACCACCUGGGACUGGGUCAUCCUCGUCCUCACCUUCUACACGGCCAUCAUGGUGCCCUACAACGUGUCCUUCAAGACCAAGCAGAACAACAUCGUGUGGCUGGUGCUGGACAGUGUGGUGGAUGUCAUCUUCCUGGUGGACAUCGUACUCAACUUCCACACCACCUUCGUGGGGCCCGGUGGGGAGGUCAUCUCAGACCCCAAGCUGAUCAGGAUGAACUACCUGAAGACCUGGUUCGUCAUCGACCUGCUGUCCUGCCUGCCCUAUGACAUCAUCAAUGCCUUUGAGAAUGUGGAUGAGGGUAUUAGCAGUCUGUUCAGCUCUCUGAAGGUGGUGCGCCUGCUGCGUCUGGGCCGGGUGGCCCGUAAACUGGACCACUAUCUGGAGUAUGGAGCAGCUGUAUUGGUCCUACUGGUGUGUGUGUUUGGCCUGGUGGCCCACUGGCUGGCCUGCAUCUGGUACAGCAUUGGCGACUACGAGGUCAUUGACGAGGUCACCAACACUAUCAAGACGGACAGCUGGCUCUACCAGUUAGCCAUCAACCUCGGCUCGCCGUAUUGCUACAAUGCCAGCGGCUCAGGCCAAUGGGAGGGUGGCCCCGGUAAAGACUCUCUGUACAUCACGUCUCUUUACUUCACCAUGACCAGCCUGACCACCAUCGGGUUCGGCAACAUUGCCCCCACCACGGAUGGAGAGAAGAUCUUCUCUGUGGCCAUGAUGAUGGUCGGCUCUCUCCUGUACGCCACCAUCUUUGGAAAUGUGACCACCAUCUUCCAGCAGAUGUACGCCAAUACCAACCGCUACCACGAGAUGCUGAACAACGUGAGGGACUUCCUCAAGCUCUACCAGGUGCCCAAUGGGCUGAGUGAGAGGGUGAUGGACUACAUUGUCUCUACAUGGUCCAUGUCCAAGGGCAUCGACACUGAGAAGGUGCUGUCUAUCUGUCCUAAAGACAUGCGGGCAGACAUCUGUGUUCACCUGAACCGGAAGGUGUUCAAUGAGCACCCUGCGUUCCGCCUGGCAAGUGACGGCUGCCUGCGCUCUCUAGCCGGGGAGUUCCAGACCAUCCACUGCGCCCCUGGAGACCUCAUCUUCCAUGCUGGGGAGAGCGUCGACACACUCUGCUUUGUGGUGUCAGGGUCACUGGAGGUCAUCCAGGACGAUGAGGUCAUCGCUAUCCUAGGUAAAGGAGAUGUGUUUGGAGAUGUGUUCUGGAAAGAGACCACUCUUGCACACGCGUGUGCUAACGUGCGGGCGCUGACGUACUGCGACCUGCACGUCAUCAAGAGAGAGGCACUGCUCAAGGUUCUGGAGUUCUACACAGCCUUUGCGAACUCCUUCUCACGCAACCUUAUCCUCACCUGCAACCUACGAAAGCGGGUAAUUUUUCGUAAGAUCAGUGACGUGAAGAAGGAGGAGGAGGAGCGCCAGCGUCAGAAGAACGAGGUUCAGCUGACCAUCCCCCAGGACCAUCCGGUCAGGAAGCUCUUCCAGAAGUUCAAGCAGCAGAAGGAGCUGCAGAGGAAUCAGGGGGCGUCCUCCCAGCUGGACCUGGAGAAGAACCAGCUCCAAGUGGAGCACCACCUUCACCCCAUCCCCCACAGCCUGCAGCUGUCCCACUCCAGCCUGCAGCACUCCCUGCCCCUCAACAUCCAGCGGCCCGGACCCCACUCCUCCCUGCAAGGGCUCCAGAACGGGGCUCCCCCUACGGGCUGCAGUAGCAGUGUGCUCACCGUGUCCCAGGUCACGCCCAUGCAGUCUAGUCCUGCCAUGGGGGAGCCGCAUCCAGUCCGACUCAAGGUGAGCAGCAGCCCUGCUCUGGUAAAGCCUCCUGCUGCCAGGGGCUGGGGGCGCCUCAAAAAUGUGGCUGCCCCACCUCCCGUGGUCAGGAAGGAGGGACUGAACAAUGUAGCUAAAGCCGUUUCUGUGGAGAUGCUAUCUCAGCAGGGCAGGGGUCAGGAGGCGGGGCUCAGAGGAGGAGAGGGAGAGGACAACCGCCUCCAUAAGACAGACUCCUGCGAUAGCGGCAUCACUAAGAGUGAGCUGCGUAUAGACAGGGCCGGGGAGGCCCCCCUGCCACACCCGUUCGGCCCCAUCCCAGAGCAGGCCCUGCAGGCUGCGCUCCAGGAGACCCGACUGGAGCUCCGGGGGGACCUCCAGACUCUGGGGGGCCGGCUGGGGGCCCUGGAGAAACAGGUGGCUCAGAUCUUCAAACUGCUGACCUCUACAGAGAAGAGGAGGCCGUCUCUACCUCUGGCCGCCACCCCCAAAACCAAAACCAAACGUCAGGACAUCUUCACUGUCUCCAGACCCGUUUCUCCUGAUUUAGUGGACGAUGACGGGCACAUCUGAAGAGGACAAAACACCACUGUUCGACGUACCUUAACAUUUGCACACAAACUUUUAACUCAUGUCCAUCAUGAGACCUUUCUCGAUUGUAAAUAUUUCUCUAUGCAUGUCCAGCUGGAUUCUGGCUUGCCAAAGAAACUAAAAGUCUAUUCAGGGGCGCAACUUUGGUUUUAGAAGUGGGGGGCAUCUAAAGCUAAUUUCCUGCAUUUCUACUAGGUCUGUUCCCGACAACAAACAAAUAUUGGUUGAUCAAGAGUAGUCUUUUAUUUCGACCAAUCAAUUGGUUGAAAUUUUUAAACAUAUAUUUUUACGCAUAGACUCACCCUAUGUGUUCUAAUAAAAUCAACUAGGCUAUAAGUACUGAAAUUGUCUGAUACUUUGAGCACGCUGUUUGAUUAAAUAAUUACGACACACAACUCAACAGGGAGCCAGAGAUCAAGAUAGCCUAACCAGAAGAAAACAUAAUUUUCCAGACCCUCUUCUCGCUGCUGCUGGCCUUCGCAGAUUCUGCCUUUAUGCUGCUUAAGUUGCUGGUAAUAGGCUACACCAGUGGUCGGCAACCUUUUCCAUUUGAAGUGCAAGCUGGUAAUAGGCUACACCAGUGGUCGGCAACCUUUUCCAUUUGAAGUGCAAGCUUAUGAUAUAAUUUCUACCAUACUGCAUGACUGUUAUGAUUUUUAUAUGCACAUUUUCGUGGAACAGUUUCAUUUAAUUUAUUAUAGGCUUUGCAACUCAAAAUCUUUGUCUGUGGUUAAUCUACAGUCUAUCUAAAUAUAAAUGAAAAUGAUACAAAUCUAAAAGUAACUUUUAUUGCUAUUGCCAACUAUGUAAAAAUAGCCUAUUUAAAGCCAACACAUAAAAACAUUGAAGCCUGCAGGUAGAAAAUAUCCUGAUAAAAAUAUAUAUCCUAUAAAUCACAUUGGUACGCAUGGCCUGUCUAUCAACUGGGUCGCCCAAAACUCGUACUAGCAAACAUGAAACAUUGUGUAAAAUAUUCUGGGCCCUCAGAUAUUCCAGUGCCAGUGAGCUCGGGACAGACACAGCUGUAGGCUAAUUGUGCAAGGGAUGUUUCCACUGGACCAGAGCAUUUCAUUUUUACUUUUCAUGCUGAGUGGUUAUCGAAAGGAAAGGGAGAGAGCUGGAAAUAUUGUUCAAA